AUGAGGCUAGAUUCGGUAAUCUGCAUUCUCUCGGCCCUGGCGGCGGCAGCGGAUGGUAGAUAUCUCUAUCCUGGUCAGGUAUCUGCUGCACAGGCCGCCGAUGAUAUUACCACUCCAGGCCCCGACCACAUCCUCCACGAGGAGAGGAAUCCCCUCACGGAGCGUGUCUGGACGCGUUCCCGCCGGCUGUACAAUGGGACGAUCUUGCCCAUACGCAUCGGGCUGGUGCAGCAGAACCUGCACCGGGCCGAGGAGUUCAUGAACCGCGUUUCACAUCCCUCCAGUCCGGACUAUGGCAAGCACUGGACGGCAGAUGAGGUGGUUGAAGCCUUUGCGCCGAAGCAGGAGUCUGUAGAUGCCGUCAUGGACUGGCUGGCUGCCGAGGGAAUCGAGCGCCACAGAGUCAGCCUGAGCCUGGCGAGGACAUGGGUCAUGUUCAACGCCACGGCAGCAGAGGCUGAGGCGCUCUUCAAGACGCGCUAUCAUGUCUACAGGCACUCGAUUCACGGGCAUGCGCACGUCGCGUGUGACGGCUACCACGUCCCGCGACAUGUUGUGGAGCACGUCGACCUGAUCACGCCCACGGUGCACUUUGACAGCCGCGUGGGCCAAGGCCGCCGCAACAUCCGAGCGGAUUUGUCUCAUGACGACGUGACGGAGCUGAAGCGUCGUUCUGAUGGUGACUUUGACACGACUGUCCUGGGAAAGGGCCAGGGACGUCGAGGCCACGGUCUGCUCGGACAGCCCGGUGUUGGGGGUCCGAAAAAGGGCGCGGUGGUGGAGAACGCCAUGCUGGACCUUAGCAACUGCGACCGGAUGGUGACGCUCGAGUGCCUCCGGGCGCUCUACUCGACCCCGCCGGGAGAGACGGCGGUGUCCAACAACACGAUGGGCAUCGUCGAGUACACUCCACAGGCGUUCCUGCAGUCGGACCUGGACAUGUUCUUUGAGGAGUUUGAACCGCGGCUCAAGGGCAAGCCGCCGAUCGUCACGCUGAUCGACAACGGCGUGGUGCAGCAGCAGAACCAGUCGUUCGACUACAACGGCGAGUCGGCGCUGGACCUCGAGUUCGCCAUGGGGCUCAUCUACCCGCAAAAGGCCACGCUGUACCAGGUCGGCGACCUGAACCAGGCCGCGUCCUUCAACAACUUCCUCGAGGCCAUCGACGGCACCUACUGCGACUACGACGGCGGCAAGUCGGUCGACCCAAACGUGGACGCGCAGUACUCGCGCCGCGUGGCGUGUGGCACCACGACGCCGACCAACGUUAUCAGCACCAGCUACGGCUACAACGAGGCGGACCUGGGCGUCAAGUACGAGCAGCGCCAGUGCGCCGAGUACAUGAAGCUCGGCCUGCGCGGCGUGUCGAUGCUCUUCUCGUCGGGCGACGCCGGGGUCGCCGGCAACGGCGGCCAGUGCAUCGACGAGGCGACGGGCGCCUACAACGACGGCUCCCAAGGCUACUUCAACCCGUCCUUCCCGGCCUCGUGCCCCUGGGUCACGGCCGUCGGCGCCACCACCAUACUCAAGGGGUCGACCGUCCACACGCCCGAGAGCGCCUGCGAGAACGUCAUCUUCAGCGGCGGCGGCUUCAGCAACGUCUUCAAGAUGCCAGACUACCAAAAGUCGGCCAUCGACGACUACUACAAGGACAACGCCCCGCCGUACGGCCAGGAGAGGUAUAACAACUCCCGCACCGUCAGGGGUUAUCCAGACGUCAGCGCCAACGGGGCCAACUUCGUCACUGCCGUGAAUGGACAGUUUUCCCUGAGUUAUGGGACUUCUGCAUCCACGCCCGUGUUCGGCUCCAUCCUGACGCUCAUCAACGAAAAGCGCAUCGCGGCGGGCAAGUCGCCGGUCGGGUUCGUAAACCCCGUCCUGUACAACCACCCAGAGGUUCUCAACGACAUAACCAACGGCAAGAACCCGGGCUGCGGAACGGACGGGUUCAGCGCCGUCAGUGGGUGGGAUCCGGUCACUGGGCUGGGCACACCGAAUUACAAACAAAUGUUGCAAGUGUUUAUGGAUCUGCCUUGA